AUGAGUACAGGACUUGCUAAACCAAAAAAGCUGAAACUCACAGAUUAUGAAGUGUUUUAGACCUUGGGUACUGGCUCUUUCGGUAGAGUGAAACUGGCAAGGAAUAAACAAACAAAUAAAUAUGUUGCUUUGAAAAGUUUAAAGAAGGCUGAGAUCAUUAGACUUAAGCAAGUUGAUCACGUGAUUAAUGAAAACACCAUAUUGGGAAAUUUGCAACAUCCAUUCGUUGUGACCUUCGAAGGCUUCUGCCAAGACCCAAGAUAUCUCUAUUUGGUCUUAGAAUUUGUUUCUGGCGGAGAAUUGUUCACCUACUUAAGAAGCAUCGGAAGACUCGAUACACAACAUGCUGCGUUUUAUGGUGCUCAAGUGGCCUCUAUAUUUGAGUAUCUCCAUUCCAAGAACAUCAUCUAUAGAGAUCUCAAGCCAGAAAACCUAUUGAUUGCAGAUGAUGGAUAUCUCAAGUUAACAGAUUUCGGUUUUGCAAAAGUCGUCGAGGGAAGAACCUACACUCUGUGUGGUACUCCUGAGUAUUUGGCUCCCGAGAUCCUAUUGAAUAAGGGACAUGGCAAAGCUGUUGACUGGUGGACUUUGGGAAUUUUAAUUUAUGAGAUGAAUGCAGGAAUCGACCCUUUCUCUGAUGAAGAUCCCAUGGCCAUUUAUCAAAAAAUAUUGAAGGGCAAGGUCAAAUUCCCCAAGAGCUUUGACAAAAACGCUAAAUCUUUGGUAAAGCACUUGCUUGUUGCCGAUCUUUCGAAAAGAUAUGGAAAUUUAAAAAAUGGCGCUGCUGAUGUAAAAAAUCACCGUUGGUUUGGUAAUCUAGACUGGAAUCUACUUACUCAAAAGAAGUUGCCUGUUCCUUACAAACCAGUAGUCAAAGCACCAAAUGACACUUCUAAUUUUUCAUCCUACCCCGAAUCAGAUACACAAAGUCCCGCUCUUAAACCCGCAGACGAUCCCUUCUUAGAAUGGUGAUUAAAUAGAGAAAUUUAUAUUCAUUAUCAUAUAUAUAUUUUAA